GUUACAUUUUCUUUUUUUUUUUAGAUCUAUACGUCGACAAUUUGGACCGUUGAUAGCAAAGCUUUGGCUCGUAUUUCAAAUAUUUAGUCCAGGAAUGUUCAUAUCAAGUACAGCAUUGCUUCCAAGCUCUUUUUCCAUGUUCUUAACAAUUGCCUUUGUUUCUACAUGGUGGCAAAAACAGUACAAAAUGGCAAUCUUGAGCAUAGUUAUUUCGACGUUUGUUGGUUGGCCGUUUGCAGCGCUCGUCAGUUUACCAUUUCUUUACAACGUGUUAGUUCAGAAACGGUUAUUCCGAAUGUUUGCAUAUUGGAGUUUCCUAUUUGCAGCUUCUGUUGCGGUUCCUUUAGCUAUGGUCGACUCAUAUUUCUAUGGAAAGCUAACGUUCGCUCCUCUGAACAUUGUGCUCUACAACAUUUUUUCACAACAUGGACCGAACUUGUUCGGAGUGGAAUCCAAAUAUUUCUAUUUCAUUAAUUUGUUCCUAAAUUUCAACAUCGUCUGGUGCUUUGCAUUGUUGUGUCCAUUUUUCAUAGCGGCCAAGUAUGUGCUACAAAAACUGACAAAGGCAAAAGUAUCAUCAACCGAUGUCUUCUGGAGACUGUCACCUCUGUACAUCUGGAUGAUGGUGUUCUUCAUACAGCCACAUAAAGAAGAAAGGUUUAUUUUUCCAGUUUAUCCGUUGAUUUCGUUAAGCGGUGCAUUAUCAUUAAUAAGCCUUCUGCAAAUCAACGAUCAGAUUCUACAACGAUGUGGAAAAAACAUCGCACGUCUUAUCCGCCGUUUGCUUAUGUAUGGAGUUACUGCAGUGUUUAUCACGCUCAGCCUUUCCAGAUUGUACGCGUUGUACAUUAACUAUCAUGCCCCUAUGGAUAUUAGCUCCGGUGUGGAUGUAUCUCCUGUUGUGAAAAAUGUAUGCCUAGGAAAAGAGUGGCAUAGGUUUCCCGGAAGCUUUUUCAUACCGAAUAACUAUCGAUUAAGAUUCGUGCCAUCGCAUUUCGGAGGAAUUCUUCCGGCUUAUUUUGACGAGACUGAGGCAGGCACUACUGUCGUGCAUAACUAUUUCAACGACAUGAAUCAACCUAAUAGUCACAUGUUGUUCGAUCUCGCCCGUUGUGAUUAUAUGAUAGACUUUGAUAAUGGCGCAGAUUUUGCGCCAAAUGACGAUGAGCCAAAUUAUUCCAAAGAUAGUGCAACAUGGAAAAUAGUGCAGAGUAUACCGUUCUUAGAUGCGUCAUCUUCGCAUAGCUUUUAUAGGGCAUUUUAUGUGCCAAACAUAGGGCAGCAAUAUGUUAAGUUUGGUAACUACAAUCUUUUAGCUAAGAAAGAAUAGAGAAUACAUUUGAACACAGUUCAA